AGCCAUUUCCGGUUUCAGGGAGGUGGGUGCGGUGCGGAGCGGGAGUUGGCGCCGCAGCCGCCUCCAGAGCCUGCCCUGCUGCCGGGUGCUGCCGGGACGAUGCGGCCGGAACCCGGAGGCUGCUGCUGCCGCCGCCCGCUGCGGGCGAACGGCUGCGUGAAGAACGGGGAGGUGAGGAACGGGUACGUGAGGAGCAGCACCGCCACCGCCGCGGCUGCCGGCCAGAUUCAUCAUGUUACAGAAAAUGGAGGACUUUAUAAAAGACCGUUUAAUGAAGUUUUUGAAGAAACACCCAUGUUGGUUGCUGUGCUCACUUAUGUGGGGUAUGGCGUACUCACCCUCUUUGGAUAUCUUCGAGAUUUCUUGAGGCAUUGGAGAAUUGAAAAGUGCCACCAUGCAACAGAAAGAGAAGAACAAAAGGACUUUGUGUCAUUGUACCAGGACUUUGAGAACUUCUAUACGAGAAACCUCUACAUGAGGAUAAGAGACAACUGGAACCGACCCAUCUGCAGUGUGCCGGGAGCCAGGGUGGAUAUCAUGGAGAGACAGUCCCAUGACUACAACUGGUCAUUCAAGUACACAGGGAAUAUAAUUAAAGGUGUUAUAAACAUGGGUUCCUACAACUACCUUGGAUUUGCGAGAAACACUGGAUAUUGUCAGGAAGCAGCUGCUGAAGUUCUCAAGGAGUAUGGAGCUGGAGUGUGCAGCACUCGCCAGGAGAUUGGAAACCUGGACAAGCAUGAAGAACUAGAGAAACUGGUAGCAAGGUUUUUGGGUGUGGAAGCUGCUAUGACCUAUGGCAUGGGAUUUGCAACAAAUUCAAUGAACAUUCCUGCUCUUGUUGGCAAAGGUUGCCUGAUUCUGAGUGAUGAACUGAACCACGCAUCACUGGUUCUAGGAGCCAGAUUGUCGGGAGCAACCAUUCGAAUCUUCAAGCAUAACAAUAUGCAAAGCUUGGAGAAGCUUUUGAAAGAUGCCAUUGUUUAUGGUCAGCCUCGGACAAGAAGGCCCUGGAAGAAAAUUCUAAUCCUUGUGGAAGGCAUAUAUAGCAUGGAAGGGUCUAUUGUUCGCCUUCCUGAAGUGAUUGCUCUCAAGAAGAAGUACAAGGCGUACUUGUAUCUGGAUGAGGCACACAGCAUUGGGGCCCUUGGCCCUUCAGGACGAGGUGUGGUAGACUACUUUGGCCUGGAUCCCGAGGAUGUGGAUGUUAUGAUGGGAACAUUCACAAAGAGCUUUGGUGCUGCUGGAGGAUACAUUGGAGGCAAGAAGGCGCUGAUAGACUACCUGCGCACACAUUCUCACAGUGCUGUGUAUGCCACGUCAAUGUCACCACCUGUGAUGGAGCAGAUCAUCACCUCCAUGAAGUGCAUCAUGGGGCAGGAUGGCACCAGUCUUGGCAAAGAAUGUAUACAACAGUUGGCUGAGAACACCAGGUAUUUCAGGAGACGACUGAAGGAAAUGGGAUUCAUCAUCUAUGGCAAUGAAGAUUCCCCGGUGGUGCCUUUGAUGCUCUACAUGCCAGCCAAAAUUGGCGCCUUUGGGCGGGAGAUGCUGAAGCGGAACAUUGGUGUAGUUGUGGUGGGGUUUCCUGCCACCCCAAUCAUUGAGUCCAGAGCCAGAUUUUGUCUGUCAGCAGCUCAUACCAAAGAGAUACUUGAUACGGCUUUAAAGGAGAUAGAUGAAGUUGGGGAUCUGCUGCAGCUGAAGUACUCACGCCGUCGGCUGGUGCCUCUGUUGGACAGACCCUUUGAUGAGACUACCUAUGAGGAGACAGAAGACUGAGCCUUUUUGGUGCUCCCUAGAGGAGGAAACUCCCUCCAAGGACAGUGUGUGGCCUUUCUGAGCCAGUUCCAGAACCACACUUCAGUGACCACCUCAUGUGAAAGACAUUUCUGAAGCUACUGAAGGUGGCCACCUCCACUCCAAAUGGCAUUUUGUAAAUAGUAAAAAAAAAAACAAACUGCUUCACAUUCUUCCAUUGUUUGCUAAGUCUCACCUUUAUAUAAUAUAAUAUAAUAAUAUAUAUAUAAAUGAUUACUUUGUCCAUUAAAAAUGUUUUAUUUUAUAACUAUUCUACUUGUGAAAUCACGCUGACCCUUGCCUGGGGCUUACCACACAGAUAUCCCACACUCCAGUCACCUCCUGGGCUUGGACCCAUCAAGACUCGCCCUGGCCCUGGCUCUCCAGCCUUGAGACUCACUGGCCUCUCCCUAGGGAGCAAGUGCCUUCUGCUGACUUCCUGUCCAGGUCUCAGAGGUUGCCCCGCCCACCCGUUAACCCAUAUUUAACCAGUCAAGUUAAUCAACCAAAGCAUUCUGUCUUUAGUCUUAAAUGUUAACAAUGCCAAGAAGUUUAUUACGUGACCCCCCGGCCAAGGACCUCCCUAGUCUGCUCUUAUUCUUCUUCGUUAUUGUUGUUCUGCUCAUCAUCAGACACUUCUUCAUAGGGUCACAGACUGAAGAUGUGUCCCGAGUUUGUGUUCUUCCCCAAUCCAGCCCUAAUGCUUCCGACCUCCACAGUUACCACAGCCUCUGGCUGCUUCUGGGUCCAGAUAAAUCCUGGUAAAGGAAAGUGAGCAGUCCUUUGCCCGUGUUCCACUUCGCCAUUAGUGGUAUAAGUUUUCCUUGGAGAUGCUGACCCACUUGGACAGCGCUCUUCCAAAUGCCAGUUGUACUCUUAAAUGUCCUAAGGUGAUUUGACCCAGCCUCUGGGGCUGGCUUCUCUUGUGCUUCCUUGAUGUAUUUUUCCUUUGAGGAAUUUCUAAUCAAAUACCUCUUUCCUGAACUGGAAUAGCCUCCGUGUGUCUGUCGCCAGUAGGUCAGGGACUUCAUCCAGAGCUCAGCACUGCUUGACCAAAGAACACAUCCGAGGAACACCGUUUAAAGUUACUCUUUUCUUUUGACCAAAGUUUAAUCGAAGAGAAUGUUCAGCUUUGUUGCACUGAAAACGAAUCUGUCUUUUAGUGGUGACCAAGUGUUAUAAGGAAGGAUUGAGAAUAGAAUGAGAAGAACUGUAGAAAAGUGUAUUUCAUAUGUCAUUCUUUAAAAUUACUCUUUUUAUUGGUAAACAUGCCCAACCAUAUUCUCCUGGGGACCGCACUAUCAGCCGCGGUACAUGGGCGAGAAGACAGAGCAGUGUUGUUUGUAAAGCUCUGUUCCCAUGGCCUGGAUCUAAAGCAUCUUUGGUCCUCCUGACAUCUGUGAGCUUUCAGCCCUUGAGACAGUCCAAGGUCAUAGGUGACUUUUUUUAAAGAUUAGAAAUGGAGCCAGGUGGUGGUGGCGCACGCUUUUAAUCCCAGCACUCGGGAGGCAGAGGCAGGCAGAUCUCUGUGAGUUCGAGAACAGUUUUGUCCACAGAGUUCCAGAACAGCCAGAGCUUUUAGACAGAGAAGCCCUGUCUCAAACUCUACCCCACCCUCCCAAAAAAAGAUAGAAAUGGGUGAAUAAGCAGGGUGUGGUAGUCUAUGCCUUUAAUCCCAGCACUAGGGAGGCAGAGGCAGGUGGAUCUCUGAGGUUGAGGUCAGCCAGGGCUGCAUAGUGAAACCUGUCUCAAAAGAGAAAAAAGAAAGCAAAAGAAAAUAGUAAAUAAAAGGACCACAGAAAGAGACAACUACAUUUAUUAAAAAAAUUCCAAAGCUAAGUCUUGUUUAAAAUGUGUUGCUCACAUAGGGCUUGUAAAAGUGAUGAACAUGCCUCCUAGGCUUUCAGCUUACAUAAAGUCACUUCAAACUAAAGUGUUAUUGAUGGGCAUUACACACACACACACAUAUAUAUAUAUAUCACUUGGUUGAUGCAAAGUUUAUUUCAGGCUAAUUACAAGUUUAUUUUGAAGAAACAAAACUCCUGUGAUCUACCUCCUAGAGGACAAAAUGGUAUAUAUACAUUAUAUGUGACUGCUUAUUUGUAACUAGUAGAAAUCAUGGGCCCAGUCAUGUCAUAGAUCAUUAUUGAAAUUUUGGGGCAAUACAAAGGGCAUAUUAGUCCAGCAUUUGAGUAUGAGUAGAAGCCUGGAUCUUAAAGAGACUCAAACGUGUAUGUAAGUCAGCCGUCACCACCAAACCUGGCUGCUGAUUGGUCUGCAGGGCGCAACUCACCCUAGCACUUUGCAUUAUGCUUUUCAUUACCGUUGUCCUUAUUCAUUUCAUGUUUGCAAGCCCCUCUUCAUGGCUCACAUCAGAAACCGGAGCCUCGUCAGAAUCAUGCACGAGACAUGGCCCAAGGGGCAAGGGCAGUGAGCAUCUCCCCUCUAUAGCAUCCUUGUUGAAGGGAUCCAGCCCUCGUCAGUCCUUCAUUCAUGGUCUUCGACUCUUACCGUUGGGCAGGGUUUCAGAAUCAGCUUCUUCUUGAGUCCUCCAGCCUCACUUCUGCCCACACCUGAGUAGGUCAAAGGGUGGAGCAUCUUCAUAGUGACCGCCUGUAGUCCUUCACUCCCUCUCUGCGUCAUCUUGGUGGUUGGGGUUGUAGGUCCAGAAAAGACGUGUGUGCUGGUGCAGGGUUUGGGGAGCUGUAGUGUAGACAGCCUGAUUCUUGCAUGCACAACCAUGCACUUCAGUGAUCGACCAGGGGCUUCUUCCUUUUUUCAGCUGAGGGCAUCCACGUCUGAGUCUCCAUGACUGUCAGGGGUCAGGGUGUGGCCAGAUUACCUAGUGUACACUAUAACUUGCAAGAAGCGGAUUGAUAGCUGGUUUAGAUUUCCCGACGUUUUUGGACAAAGGGGAAAUGAUAUCUAUUACCACCUCCAUUCUCCCAAAUUGGUGAAUCUGCCUAAUUGUUUGUAGUAUUUGACAAAACCCCCUAGAAAAAAUAACAACUGAUUCUCCUGUGUAAAUGAUUGCUAUGGGUCAGGUGUGGUGCAUACCUGUAAUCCCAAUAUUCAGGGGACAGAAGCAAGAGGACCUUCUAGAAUUCUGGAUUAGCCUAUGCUGCAGGGUAAGAGUCUCCAAAGAAAGCAGGGGAGAUUUCUAUGACUGAAUGCCAAGGGUGCUGUUGUAGGUAAGAAAUACCCAGGUGUUCUGUCACCUUGUUUCAAAUGGGCUAGAAAAGGGGAGAGGAUAGUACUUUUUCUCUCUGACUGCCCUCCCUGUGCCUGUGAUGACCAGGAGCUAUGAGGUGUUUCUGACAAGUAAAAUCACCUUAGCCUGGGGCUAUGAAGGGAGAGGUUUGUGGAAAUCAGGAUUCUGCUUGGCAGUUUAUCCAAGAGUCUAUAGCCCUACCCCCACCCCCCAGUUCCAGAACCUACGGAUGAGCUGUACCUGUAAGCUCAGUGCCCAGCAGGCAUCUUAAUCUAUUAAGCCGGUCAAUCAGAAUACCUUGCAUGUGGAGAAAAGCAUGUCCUUCCUUCCCUCUGCCUUAGCCAUGUGAAAUGUGUGCUUGGGCUCCUAGCCAGCUGCUGUGUUCAGCCAGAUAGCCAACUCAGGGCUAAGAAGAAAUGCUAGGGCCUGCCAGCAACCGCCUCCUUUGUCCUGCCUAAGAAAUACCAUUGUUCCUUUUAUAGUUUUCAGUGACUUCUGUUUUCCAAGCAGCUUUUUUGAUGUAUACAGAAGUGUUUCUAGGAAGGAAACACAAGGAGCCAACUUGAGCCCUUAAUGAAAACGACCAUUUUCAUCUUUGUCGAAUCUGAAGGUUUUACAUUCAUAGUUCACCCUUAGGAGCAGCUUUGGGGGUGGGGGAGCUGUGGGCAAGAUUUUGUUUACGAUGGUAUAGCCUUAAAUUGUUACUGUUUCUGGUGUAAUGGAUUGUAAUAAACUGACCCUGAAGAAUGCCCAGGCUCUUACCCUGCACUUACUUCUUUUAAGGAAGCAAUACCUAAAGCUCUGGUUUUGGAGCGGUUGAAGUGUCUGUUUCCUUGCCAUCUGAGCUCUUCCCUCGUGCAAGGCAACUCCAGCCAACUCAAAAGUCCAGCACAGUUCCCAGGUUUCUAGUGCAAAUCCCGAUUGUUUGGUGUAGGCCUUCCAGCUGAGUGAAGGCUGCACACCCUACCUUCCCCUUAACAUCGUACCUCAGGGUUAGUUUGCCCAGGGUCUUCCAUCACAGGGCAUGGGAGCCUUUCCUGUGAGUUUAGCCUGCAUGCCCACAGUCUUGGUGAUCCCUCUCUGGACGGAGGCAGCUAACAAUAAGGAAUGGGGGAAAGAGGAGAGCAGGUGUCUACAGAAGAGCUGAAUUAGGGUGAUCCUGUUGGUUGAUCCAUGCUUUCCCACUGGCCAAGUUACUGUAAACUGGAAUGUGCAAGGUGUACUGUGAUCUAACCCUUUCCAUUGCUGCAAUGUUCUUAUCACCUGGGAAUGUGGGAUUCUUUUUAAUUUUGGUACUGUCUUACAAAUGUCACCCUUGUGUAGCUUUUUGCCUUCUUGCCAGAUGAUUUUUUUUCUUUCAUUUAUAUCGGAUGACUGUGAAGCUACAUAGUAGGUUGCGGAGGGUGUCGAUUUUCAGAAUGCAUGUUAAGAAUAUAAGGGGACCUACUUGAGAUGAAUCAUCCCACAAAUAUUGUUUUGCCCUAAUAAAAUAUUCAGAAAUAGA